UACACACUGGCCACUCUGCCGGUGAAUGAAAUCAGCGUUUGAGUGGUGAGGUAUUCAAACUACAGUAUUCAGACUAGUGAUAAGUUCGGGAAUUCAUGUAAAGUAGUUUAUCAGAGAACUACGUGAUUCAUCUGUUCACCGAUACAUGUCAAUGUGUGUAUGUUAAGAUACAACCUAGGUGUUAAAUGUUGCAGAAUAGGGCCAUCGUGAGGACCACACACUUUGAAGGGAAGAGAGGUGGCGAGAGAGGAUGAGUGCCCGCAGGAGAGGAGGCAAGCCCAACCGGGGAGGAGGAAAGUUCAACAAGCCCCGAGGAGGGGGAGGUGGGGGGAGAGGGGGAGGCGGGGGUGGAGGUGGAGGUGGGGCUGCAGGUGGGUGCAGGAAGGGAGCCAGCAGCGGCUGGGACGAUGGAGAUGAUUUUAGCCUCAAUCUGGGUCCGGCAAGCUCCCACAGACCCCAAGCCAGCAGAGGCCGCGGCAGGGGGAGCGGCAGGGGCAGAGGACGCGGGGGUGACGGCAGAGGACGCGGGGGUGAUGGCAGAGGACGCGGAGGUGACGGCAGAGGACGCGGGGGUGGGAGAGGGGGUUUUGGUGAGAGCAGAGGACGUGGGGCUGGGAGGGGCGAAGGUGGGAGAGGGAGGGGAUUCCCUCAGGCCUCCUACCGGAGCAGCCCCCGACCGGACGAGGCAGGCCGGGGGCAGUUGAGAACUGAGCAGCAUGCCCCCCUCCCUCUGCAGAAGAUCCACAUGACUUCAGAGAACCAGCUUCAGGUCAAAGAACUGCUGAGAGAACUGCAGAGCCAGGAGUAUGGCACCUACCACAGUGGGUCGGGCUCAGAUUAUGAGGAGGAGGAGGAGGAAGGUGAAGAAGAGGAGUACGAUGAGCUGGACGUGCGUGAUGAAGGCCAGUACUGGAGCACACAUGAUGAAGGGCUGGAGAGUGCUGAGACAGAGGAGUACUGGGAGCCCGAGGAGGACAGGAGCACACACGCUCCCGAGCCUGUCGCCUCGCUUUUCGCCAUAGGGACGCUUAGCAGGUAUGGUUUCGAUCGUGAGCGAAGCCGGCUUGCGUUGGAUGCGGGGCCUGGUGAGGUGGGUGGGACUCUGGAGCUCCUCCUCCAUCAGCUUUUCUCUGAGCGAUACGGAGCCGACUCUCUCUCCCCCGCCACCCCCGACCCGCCAUUGCUCAGAGACUGCGAGAGCAUCCGCCAGGAGGAGGCGCUAGCGCUCACCGCCAUCUAUGGUGACCGAUUCUGCCAGCGCAUCGCCGACCAUGUCUGGACCAUCGACGUGCAGCUCGAUUGGCUCCUGUCAGUAGGGCGGGAGCAGAACUCUGCCAAAUCAACCAAUCAGGGCAAAUCGGGGGCAGGCUCAUCCGCUCAGCUGUGUAAAUACUACCUGAAAGGAGCUGGGUGUAAGUUUGGCGAGCGCUGCAAGUUCAAGCACCAACUCCAGGGGGAGGAGAGUCCUCUCCAUGCCCCACUGGGGGGCACCCAGGCGGGCUUCAGCAGUGCAGACACCACCUUGUACCAGCUGGAGGUGCGGUUCCUCCCAGGCAGCCGGUACCCUUACCAGCCUCCCCUGGUGGCCUUCAGUACCAAUGACCCCUCUCUCUCGGGAGCGGGACGUCUCAGCCUGACGGAACACCUCUUUGGCCUAUCAUUGAUCGCCGCUCAGGAGGGCGAGCCUGUUAUCUACACACUUCUCUCCACCCUUGAGGAGGAGCAACCUAUCAGAGACCUUCUGUCAGUGACGCAUCACAAGUACAGUGCCCCGCCCCCAGUGCUGGUUCGGCCCCCGGUGCUGGUUCGGCCCCCAGUGCUGGUUCGGCCCCCAGUGCAGGCUCGACCCCCAGUGCUGGUUCCACCCCCAACAAACGUGACAGCAAAGAGCAAGAAUGGCAGGAAUGCCAUGACAACCCCCCCGGCAACUGUAUCCAAGCCAACCUCUGUGACAGUCAACAGUGUUAGAAACAGACAACCAGUAGUGGAGAGUGUGUGUCAGAAGGAGCUGGAGGAAGAGGAGGAUGAGGAUGGGGAGGAUGAAGCUGAGGUGCCGGUUGAGAGCGAGAGCUACGUUAACUUCAGGAAGAGGAUGGAGAGGAGGAACGAGACCAAGCCCCAGGACACUGAGCAGGAGAACAAGAAACUCUGCAGGGAGUUCAAAAAGAAACAGACGUCCAGGCAGUACACGUCCAUGCAGCAGCAGAGGCACAAGCUGCCGGUCUGGAAGGAGAGGAAGGGCAUCCUGCAGAGUCUGGAGAAGAACCAGGUGCUGGUGGUGAGCGGCAUGACCGGCUGUGGAAAGACCACUCAGAUCCCACAGUUCAUCUUGGACGAGUCCCUGAAUGGUCAUUCUGGGAGGGGCGUGGCCAACAUCAUCUGCACACAGCCACGACGUAUCUCAGCUAUCGCUGUGGCAACCCGUGUUGCCCAGGAACGGGCAGAGCCUCUAGGCCGUUCCACAGGUUACCAGAUCCGCCUGGAGACAGUACGGUCGUCUAGUACCAGGUUGCUGUUUUGUACCACUGGUGUUCUCUUAAGGCGUUUGGAGGGGGAUGCAGAGUUAAAUGGUGUCACACAUGUCAUCGUGGAUGAGGUGCAUGAACGCACUGAAGAGAGUGAUUUUCUACUCUUGGUCCUGAAGGAUCUGAUAUUGCAGCGAUCUGAUCUGAAGAUCAUCUUGAUGAGCGCCACUCUCAAUGCUGAGCUCUUUUCCCAGUACUUCCACACCUGCCCCUCUGUCCACAUACCAGGACGGACAUUCCCUGUCGAACAGUUUUUCCUAGAGGAUGCUCUUGCUAAAACAAGGUUUGUUAUGGAGGAUGGCAGCCCUUACCGUCGCUCUGGUAAACCCAACGCCCAGUCCAACCGUGGGGGAGGGACCAGUAAGGGGCGGGAACUGGUUGACGAUAUAGGGGAGGAUGAUGGUUGGUCCUUCAACGCGUUCGCCAGGAAGGACGCUGUCAAGGACUCCAUCCCUGACGAGCAGCUUAGUUUCCAGGACCUCCAGGUCCGAUACAAGAGUUGCUCCAAGGCUGUGCUGAAGAACCUCGCUGCCAUGGACCUGGAGAAGAUCAACAUGGACCUUCUGGAGGAUCUGCUUGAGUGGAUAGUGGAUGGAGAUCACAGCUACCCACCAGGUGCAGUGCUGGUGUUUCUACCUGGCAUGGCUGAGAUAAAACAGCUUUAUGAACAACUUCAGUCCAACAGGAUGUUCAACAAUAGAACAGCAAAGAGGUGUGCAGUGUACCCUCUACACUCCUCUCUGACCAAUGAGGAACAGCAGGCGGUGUUUAACCGCCCACCAGAGGGCGUGACCAAGAUCAUCAUCUCCACCAACAUCGCCGAGACGUCUGUUACCAUUGACGAUGUCGUCUAUGUCAUCGACUGCGGCAGGAUGAAAGAGAAGAGGUACGACGCCAGCCGUAGUAUGGAGAGUCUGGAGGAUGUGUGGGUGUCGCGGGCGAACGCUGUGCAGCGUCGGGGUCGUGCGGGCCGCGUGGCCUCAGGAGUGUGUUUCCACCUGUUCACCAGUCAUCGCUACGAGCACCAACUCACCCCUCAGCAGCUCCCUGAGAUCCUCCGCGCCCCGCUGGAGCAGCUCUGCCUCAGGGUGAAGGUGUUGGAGGUGUUUGCGGACCGUCCUCUGCACUCGGUCUUCUCCCGUCUGAUCGAGCCUCCGUCGGAGGCGAGCUUGGGCGCGGCGCAGCAGCGUCUGUGUGACCUGGGUGCCCUGACGUCCGAUGAGGCCCUGACGCCGCUGGGCUGGCAUCUGGCCUGCCUGCCCGUGGAUGUGCGCAUCGGCAAGCUCAUGCUGCUGGGGACCAUUUUCCGGUGCCUGGACCCCGCCCUCACCAUCGCAGCCAGCCUGGCCUUCAAGAGCCCCUUCAUGUCUCCAUGGGAUAAGAGAGAGGAGGCAAAUGAGAGGAAGUUGAGUUUUGCUUUGGCCAACAGCGAUCAUCUAGCCCUGGUCCAAGCCUAUAAGGGUUGGUGCACAGCUGCAAAGAGAGGCACGAGCGCCGGAUAUCAGUACUGCAGGGACAACUUCCUGUCUGCACGAGGGCUACAGGAGAUUUCGAGUCUGAAGCGGCAGUUUGCGGAGCUUCUGUCUGACAUUGGCUUUGUGAAGGAGGGACUGAAGGCCAGAGUGAUUGAGAGGAUGAGCUCAAAAGGCACUGAUGGAGUACUAGAGGCUACAGGACACGAGGCAAACCUGAAUGCUGACAACACUAAGCUGAUGUCCGCCUUGCUGUGUGCAGCCCUCUACCCCAACGUAGUGCAGGUCCGUUCUCCACAGGAAAAAUUCAAGCAGACGAGUAAGGGAGCAGUGAGGAUGCAGCCGAAAGCAGACGAACUACGCUUCCUCACCAAGGAUGAUGGAGCUGUGAACAUACACCCCUCAUCAAUCAACUACACGGUGCGCCACUAUGACAGCCCGUAUCUUGUGUACCAUGAGAAAGUGCGGACGAGCCGUGUGUUUAUCCGGGACUGCAGCAUGGUGAGUGUGUAUCCGCUCGUGCUCUUCGGCGGGGGCCAGGUCAGCGUGGAGCUGCAGCGCGGGCAGUUCAUCGUCUCCCUCGACGACGGGUGGAUCAAGUUUGCUGCCGCCUCGCACCAGGUGGCAGAGCUGGUGAAGGAGCUGAGAUGGGAGUUGGAUCAGCUUCUGGAGGAGAAGAUCAAGAAUCCCAGCAUGGACUUGAUCACAUGUCCCAGGGGCUCACGCAUCAUACACACCAUAGUCUCCCUCAUCUCCACACAAUAACACACGCACGCAAACACACACACUCACUCUAACACAGACCUGAUCACAUGUUCCAGGGUGUCACACAUCAUAUAUACCAUAGUCUCACUUAUAUACACACACACACACACACUCACUCUUGCACAGACCUGAUCUCAUAUGUGCCCUACAGUAUCACUGCUGGCACUAUGCAUAUAAUGAAAACACACACUCACACACACAUACACACACAAUUACACUGGCAUAUUCAACAACACACUCCCCACAGCUUCCAAGCCUCUGUGGAUUGCAGCUGGUUUAUGAAGCAAGAAUGAUAUGAAAGUCAUUCUUGCCUCACUGAUAUGUGUGGGAUUGUACCCAUAAUGGUGUAGGUGUUUACAUGCUUUAAGCAUCUGGACAGGCCAAAAUCCCACCUGCAAGUUUCAGCUGCCAAAUGUAUCUAAAUUCAAGUUAUGUGUACUUAAAUGAUUGUGCGUGUGUGUGUGUGUGUGUGUGUGUGUGCGCGUGUGUGAGACAAAAGUGUGGCCAAUGUUGCCAUGGUUUCUAUGCCUUCUUAUUCGCUUGUGUGAGCAGGAGCACAAGCUCUCAGAUAGCGGAGUCCAUAUUGGAUCCUGGGUUUCCUUUGAUGAAUUCUUAUUGUUGUUGCAUGUAAUGGAUGAUUCUCAUCCAAACAUCAUACAUAUCAUGCUAUUUAAGUCUAAAAGGGCUCACUUUAAUACAAUACACAUACCAUGGAUGAGCUGCAAAAGGGACAUCCACAGAGUGUGUUGUGUUGAGCGAGGUCUUAAUAAAUAAAUGGGGGAAUAACCUCUCAAUUCUACUCCAAA